AACGAUUUUGUGGAUUAAGUUAAAGCAGACGGGCAAAUACAAAAGUGUUUUGCGCGAUUAUGACUAUUGAUAGGCAUGUAACAAGAGGGGUCGGGCUCAAAGUAUCUUUUCAAUGGGAUUUAGUUCGACGCUGCAGCAACAGGGUGCUUUCACUUUGUCCACUGACUCAGUCUGACAUAGCACGAAAAUCUUUGACAUUUUUCACAUUUUUGCUAAAGAAGCUGACCUUGCGCGCUCGUGCUCUGCAUUGGCUACGCUGCACAUUUCGGAGCGGAGCACAAAUAUAGCGCCGAGAGACUUGUUGCUCGCGUAUCUUUGGCGUUUAUUCACCAGCUUCUGUUCACAUCUCACCCGAUUCACCCUAGUCUGCUCCAGGCUUCGGCUUGGAGGUCCCAACCGCCACCAUUGAUCCCAGCAGCUGGAGUGGCAGUGAAAGCUCUGCCGAGGAUAUUGAGAGGAUGAGCGACUCGGCAGACAAGCCCAUUGACAACGAUGCUGAGGGGGUGUGGAGUCCUGACAUAGAGCAGAGCUUCCAGGAGGCGCUGGCCAUCUAUCCGCCUUGUGGACGACGCAAAAUUAUCCUCUCGGAUGAGGGCAAGAUGUAUGGUCGGAAUGAGCUGAUUGCCAGAUACAUUAAACUCAGAACUGGGAAGACAAGGACACGGAAACAGGUGUCUAGUCACAUACAGGUCUUAGCAAGAAAGAAAGUUCGAGAAAUCCAAGCUGCCAUCAAGGUGUCUAGUCACAUUCAGGUUCUUGCCAGAAGGAAAUCUCGUGAAUUUCAUUCCAAGCUAAAGGUGACAAGCAUGGAUCAAAGCGUGAAGGACAAAGCUCUUCAGAGUAUGGCCUCAAUGUCCUCGGCCCAGAUUGUCUCUGCCACUGCCAUCCACAACAAGCUGGGUCUUCCGGGCAUCCCGCGUCCUGCCUUCCCCGGAGCGGCAGGGUUUUGGCAGGGCAUGAUAUCCACGGGCCAGCCUGGAUCCUCACAAGACAUCAAGCCAUUUGCUCAGCAAGCGUACCCUAUCCAGCCAGCAGUCACAACUACAAUCUCAAGUUAUGAGCCCCCUACAGCGCCGGCGCCCACAGUGCCCGCCUGGCAGGGCCGAUCUAUCGGCACUUCUAAACUCAGACUGGUGGAGUUCUCCGCUUUCCUUGAGCACCAGAGAGAUCCAGAUUCUUAUAACAAGCAUCUUUUCGUGCACAUCGGCCAGACAAAUCACUCUUACAAUGAUGCCUUGCUCGAGUCAGUGGACAUUCGUCAGAUUUACGACAAAUUCCCAGAGAAGAAAGGAGGGCUGAAGGAAUUGUUUGGCAAGGGUCCUCAGAAUUCAUUCUUUCUCAUAAAGUUCUGGGCUGACUUGAACUGCAACAUUCAGGAUGAAACUGGGGCCUUCUAUGGAGUGACCAGUCAGUACGAGAGCCCGGAAAACAUGACCAUCACCUGCUCCACAAAGGUUUGCUCGUUUGGCAAACAGGUCGUGGAGAAAGUGGAGACGGAGUACGCUCGCUUUGAGAACGGACGCUUUGUUUACCGGAUAAGUCGGUCUCCCAUGUGUGAAUACAUGAUCAACUUCAUCCACAAACUCAAACACCUGCCUGAGAAAUACAUGAUGAACAGCGUCCUGGAGAACUUCACCAUCUUAUUGGUGGUAACAAACAGAGACACACAGGAGACCCUGCUGUGCAUGGCCUGUGUGUUCGAAGUUUCAAACAGCGAGCAUGGAGCCCAGCAUCACAUCUACAGACUAGUGAAGGAAUGAAGCAGCUCUUUCACACAGACUCUGGACCUCAGUACAGUGGCAGUGCCUCUAGCUCAACACUCACUCAAGAUGAUUUUCCGUCACAUUUGGGUGAUGCUUAUAAUUAUAUAUAUAUAUAUAUAUAUAUAUAUAUAUAUAUUUUCUUUAUUAAUAUGUGUUUGACGUUUAACUGCAGCUGUGAAUCGCGGUACAGUUGUAUUAUGUUUUAAUACGGGAAAGAAUGUCAAAGAAUGCCGAAUCAACAUUCAUUCGUAGACUCUACAUAUAAAGUGACAGUAUCAUUCAACUUAAAGGUUAGGUUAAGUUAGAAUGAAUCUGAAAACGACCUCAUUUCGAUUUUUUUGUUUGUUUCGAAAGUGUACACAUCUGAAAGCAUAUGGGUGCAGCCAUAAAUGUGUGUGUAGGUGUACAGAUGUAUAUACAGUACGUUCUCACAUAUGUAGGUAUUUUUCCCAAAGAAAAAGUAUUUGAGAAAUUUCAUUCUGUAACAUUGAUUUAUUGAAAAGAAAGCUGCUGUAGGUGUUAAAAAAAAAAAGAUUCUUGUGGCUAACGGAAAACAAAACGUUCCUGCAUUCCGAACAUUCAGAGAAUUCAGGGAAUUCAGAAGCCCAGCCCUUGAAAAGAGUUACUUUGUACACGCUACUUUUUUCUUUUUCGUUGAGGAAUUACUGCACUGUGAUACGAGAAGUUUAUACCAACCUGUGUCUGUUUUUGUGUGUCAUCACCUGCAAUAAGAAAACGCAGAGAAUCGACCCCUUACUGUUGACUGUACAGCUAAACGCCUCCUGCCGACAUGCUUGUGUAAAAGGUAACUCUAGAAACAAGAAGAAGCACUGCAUUGACUACCAGGGGUUGAUGGAUUAUCCAUCAGAUUGACCCCGCGAGCACUUGGAUCCACUCGCCAGACGCGCCUCGGAGCGCGUUUGCCACUGGGAAAGCCACACUUUUUACGAAGCCCAUCCCUGAACGUGCUGUACGCCCGUACGUCACGGAGCACUCCUUCAUCUUCUGUAAGAAUCUGUCCCAGAGUUCCUCGCUGCCUUCGACAUUCCCACACAGCCCAUGUCUCUGUGGCCUAAUCUCGUAAUAUCUACGACUGCAAGCCUUAAUAAUGGUUGUGUGAACUCCAAAAGAUGCCACUAAAGCUGUGAUCUCUUUCCUAAGCUGGAAGACUUUCUCGUUAUUGUCACAUGUUGUAGGAGUUGUACAGUACAAACCUGCCAAAGUGUAACAAUAUACAGCACAGUGCCUUAGCGUAUGAAGCGAACGUGGAUGAGCGCAGACGUUUUUCGGGAAAAAGUAACACUUUAGGUGCGGUCGCAUUUUUAAUGCAUUGGACGAAAUCCAGUCAUUCCAGUAGGAAUCUGAAAGUUUUGCAUUAAGGCAGAAGUUUGUGCUUAAUACAUCACUACGCCGUUGACAAAAAAUAGACUUUUGUCUAUUUAUGUGACCGCACCUUUUUAAAAGAUAAAAGAGCACUGGCCAUUUGGUUGACCUUUCAUUCUCAGAGACUGAAGACAUAUUUAGAUAUACAGAUCUUGCCUUUCUUAUCCGAAAAGACCAAAAAGUUGAAGGAGACGCAUCGAGCUCCUCUUUAUUUCCUGCACUGUAGCAUGAAAGUGCCUUUGGUUCUGAUUUUUCCAGCUUAGAAAAGACUGAUUUUGCGUUCUUAAAAUGAUCAAAAACCAAAAAAAAAAAAGGAAAAAAAAUGGAUGUAGGUAAAAUAUUCACCACAUUGCCUUCAUAAGAAUUUUAUAGAAAAAAAUCAACAUGGGCUAGUGAGUGGAUAUGUUUUGAAAUAAAGUAAUAGUUAUUAAUAACUAAUUUCUAUCAGCAUUUGAUUUGGUGGAUGUGGCAAACUGUCAUUUUUUUUUUCUUUCGAACUCUGAUCUUUGACAUAGAGCUUUAGCUACUUUUCUAGUGCAUAAUCAAACUGUAAAAGUGAAAAACCUCACAGCACCAUGGAGAUUGCUGAACGGUAUUUGCUUUUCCUUUUCUUCGUUUCAAGCCAUUUCAGUGUCUUACCUUUCUUUUGCGAGUAUAGUCAACGCUAUAUGAAGUGACGUCAAGGUGUGUUACUCCUCAGACCUUGAAGAUAGUUACGAGUACGUCCUUUAUGGACAAAAGCCGGCUUCACCAAACCAUAUCAUCUGCACUGCAUAAUUCAUUUAAGCGAAUGGAGCCCUCAAAGCGUGAGAGACUUAAGUUCGAUUUACAGCUGUGUGUAUGUUGUACCGCUUCAAGUAAACUGUGGAGUUAUUAAGUACGCGCGAUAUGAAACGGCGGCAAACGACGUUGAUUGUUUUGUGUUUGCCGUACCUUCUUCGCCCUUCGUUCUUGUUCACGUUUCAUAUAGAGAUCUUCCUGUAUCGUUCUACAUGUACGCGAUGGUUUUGUGAUGAUGACGUCAGUAUAUUCGGAGCCCGUCCGUUCGGACGGUGAUGCUGUUACUGCUGCGCUGCUGGUGCAUCUGCUACGUCAGUUCCUCCUUUAACAAUCCCCCUUUACUUCUCUAGGGAUCUGAGAACUAAUGCCUUUAAUAUGAUGAAUGUUAAACGGACAUUAUUUUGCUAGUAACGGACACUAAGCAAGGAUUUGAGCGGAAUCCGGACUACAGUAUGUCAGCAGUUUAGCUUCUGUUUUUUGAUCUAUGUUUGUAUUUUGUCUAUGUGUAGGUACUGGUACCUCCUAUGUUCAUUACCAUUUAAGAUGUUGGCUUUAAAGUGAACUUUUCUCUAGUUCAGAUAGUAUCAUAAAAAAGAUAUUGGGUUUGUGUGCAGAGAUUUUUUUGUAAAAAGGUGCUUUGUAUAAAAUUAUAUAUUCUGGCUUUUCUUGGUACAAAGGUGUGAUAUCUUUUAAUAUCCCUGAGGAUGGAAGAAGAAAAAAAAAGAGCAUUGGAGCAAGGCUGAGAGAGAAAAGAAAAACCUAUUAUGUGUGUGUUCUUUAUCGCAUAUGGUCUUGUCUUUGCUCCGUAACAUUUUGAUGCCUUCUUGAUAAAGUGGUAGAUAUUUUGUAGCUUUCUAGAUACUUUGUAUGUAUACAAUAUUGAAUAAAAUAAGUAAUUAAAACAG